UAGGCGCAAGUCUUGAGAGAGGAAUUGCAGACGGCGUUGGAGUUUAUCAACACGAAAAAUUAUCGCGCACGUUAUUAUAUGUUUUUAUCUACGGGAAAAACUUUGUGAUAAUGAAACACUUGAUAUUAUAUAUUUAUCAACACAUACACAUGUGCGAUCGAACUCGUACGGAGAACUACCGACUGAGUGACAGACGACGGACGGUUCAGAUUCGAGCGCGUUGCAGUCCGGGUCGCGGUGCCGAGGAGCCGAGCCGCGUGGUCACGGGGGAAAAACACUUUUCAAAUUUCCACUUUUCAACUCUGAAGAGUAUCCUGGACGGAACGGGAAACACUACACAAAAGCUGAUCGUACGUACAACUGAGUACUUGUUGCUCAGGCGGGCGUUCGAAAACGUAGAGCCGACACGGUGUCUUUGUGUUGUAGUAUGGAUAUUCACGCUAAAUAUUCAAAGUACUUCAAAAUAUAAACAAAAUCCUGCAAGAAAAAUUGUGAAUACCUACUUUAAAAAUGGAAAAAUUUAGAAUUAGAUUGGCCAGACCAGAAGAUAUGGACAGUGUCCGAGAUAUGAUACAGGAAUUGGCAGAUUUUGAAGAAAUGCCCGAUGGACCCAAAAUUAGUGCUGAAGAUUUAAAGAGAGAUGGUUUCGGAGAUAUGCCACUAUUUCGUUGUUUCAUUGCUGAAUCUUUGGAACAAUCAGAUCCUAACAAAAAUCUACCAAUUUGUUAUGCUUUAACAUUUAUAUCUUACUCAACUUGGGAAGGAAAAUCACUAUUUUUGGAAGAUUUAUAUGUUAAACCAGAAUAUCGAAACAAAGGCGUAGCUACGGAUAUGAUCAAAUUUUUGGCUAAGCUUGCUUUGAGAGAAGGUUCAUCAAGAUUAGACCUUCAUGUUUUGGACUGGAACCCUGCUCGAAAAUUUUACGAAAAAAUGGGUUUCACAAACUUAACUGAAAAAGAAGGCUGGAUGUUCUGUCGUCUAACCAAAGGAGCAAUGGAAAAGUUAGAAAAUUUACCAUAACUUCAUCUUAUUUAAUUAGUCAUUUUUUAUGAAUGCUAUCAAUUGCGUAGAAUAAAAAAAAAU